GCAAGAAGAAGAAGAAGAGGUCAGCUGACUCUAGCUAGUCAGUUUAGCAGCAGCAGCAGCAGGUUGUAGGCGACAGUUUCUACAGCAGGAUAAAUAAAACAGCUGGCAAAUGAAAAGGAUUAUUGUCAAGCAUUUUAGAUUCUUGUAGCUUCCUGUCUGACUUGAAACAUCAUGAAAGGUUUAUACUGCCGAGCUGGUGUGGCUGGUGCUGAGCCCAAGUUCGUUAUUCAGGAAACGACUCUUCCAGACGUUUUAGGCAGCCAUGUGGUCAGGGUCCAGGUAAAAGCGUGUGGACUCAGCCCACUGGACCUCAAGCUGCUCGCUGACAUUGGGAUCCACAGAGAUCUAAUUCCUGUUGGCAGAGAGGUGGCCGGCGUCAUCCUGCAAGUGGGCGACAAAGUCUCUUUCUUCCAGCCGGAGGAUGAGGUUGUAGGUAUUCUGCCUCUGGACUCUCCUUGCUCUGGACUCUGUGACAUCAUUGACGUAGAUGAACACUAUUUAGUCCAGAAGCCAGAGAAGCUCAGCUCGGCGUGUGUCGCAGGAGCGCUGCAUGACGGCAUCUGUGCUUACACUGCGCUACACACACAUGCUCGCAUGGCAGCAGGACACACACUCCUGGUCAUGGACGGAGCCAGCUCUUUUGGCCUUAUGUGCAUCCAGUUGGCUUGUUACCAUGGAGUGAAGGUUAUGACGACGUCACACUCGCCACAAAAACACACAUUCCUGGAGCAGCUGCGGCCCAGCGUUGGUGUUCAGGAUCCUUUAGUAGCUAAGGUUAUUCCAGUGUAUAACGGCUUAUCAGACCUGCUGCCAGUGGUUCUGGAGGAGACAGGAGGACUGGGAGUGGACAUCGUCGUAGACUCUGGAGUGCGUCUGCAAGACGAGGAGGAAGAGGAGGACGAGUCGGAGGAGACGAAGCUGCUCCCACACAAACACGACAUCAUCAGUGUGCUGGGAGUCGGGGGACACUGGGUCACGUCCCACAAAGACCUGCAGUUGGAUCCUCCAGACUGCCGGUUACUCUACUUGAAAUCCGCCUCUUUGUCUUUCCUCAACCAUGAAGUCUGGACGGCUUCAUCAGCGCAGCAAGGAAGAUACCUCCAUAUUCUGAAGGACAUUGUGGAGAAGAUGUCAGCAGGAGUCCUGAGACCUCAGCCUGAGGAGGCGGUCCCUCUCUAUGAAGCCACAGUCGCCAUGGAGACGGUCCAGCGUCACCAGAAGGCCAAGGCGGUUGUUCAACUCUGACCAAGACACUGAGACACAAAUAAAAGUGGACAUCACGAUCAACCUGCUGCCACACGCUGAGUGACGCCUGCGCUUCGAGGGCCCAGCUGCACUUUGAGCUGGAAUAAACAAUAAACUGACUUCAAGAACCAACAAAGUUUCAAUGAAUACAAAUUUUAUCAGAAAAGAUGACUGUGGCAGAAUUUUAGGCUUUACUUAUAAGUCAUCCAAACUGCGAUCUAAACAGGAAACGCACGGUGUAAAUUUAUGCACUUGAUGUAAAAUGUGUUGUGUAAUGUUGCAGUUCUAAUAAAUAAGAAAAUGUGA